GUUAUAUGCACUCAGUAAGUAACUCCAAAACAGCAUGUCAUGUUUCUUUUCUUUUUAAUUGAGAGUAUAUUAACAACUCACUCAAACCGGCACGCGUCCCGAAUAGCCUAUUGUGCAAACGCGCGCAUAUGUGUAAGUGCAAUAACCGUGAACUCGCCACACAUACUACCCUACAUCAACCUACAACCCACAAUUUUAUUUGCAUCCAACUGUAACAAUCGUAUUAUGCUUGCAUACUGCACACAUGUAUACAUACUAAUUAUCUCUUGCACAUCUGACACAGCAGCUGGUAUCAGGCCCGUCGUGGUGGGCCCAGUCCACUCAGGUUCAACACAUCGCUGAUCGUACACCGUCUGCUCGCCGUCUGUCAACAUAACACAUUGUAAACCAAAGUCUGUUGUUCCAAAGUCAAUAGAUCAUCAACAUCACCAAGGAACGUCCUUCAUAAUACCACCGUUCCCUGCAAAAGGGCCAACUGAACACACACCGUGUCCGAAGUGUGUCAGACUCAUUGUCCUAGAUACCUGUAUAGACUAGAUCCAGACCAUGCCGUCUGCUCACGUCACGCGGAUUGUUUGGAGCAAAAGAUUUCCUCUUCGCAAGCUCGUGACGCCGGUUUGUUGGUCAAGUAGUCCCUUAAAGCAUAGCGUCUCACUCUACUCGUCCGUUAGUCGUAUCGAGGACCAGAUGAACCAGACCAGUGUGGUGGUUCCCAAAGACAUGUCCAUAUCGCAGUACCUGCUCCAGGAUGCCAGCAAGCAUGCCAGCAACACGGCUUUGAUAGAUGGCAAGACAGACAGGAGGAUAAGCUUCGAGCGUCUCCAGGACGACAUACAUACACUGACAUCAGCGUUCUACCAUCUGGGUCUACGUCACCGAGAUAUCGUCACCAUGUAUGCCACCAACGUCCCUGAAAUUGCCCACGUGUUUUGCAGCGUCACCGACAAUGGCGCAGCGCUGUCUUUAGCUAACUCUCAGCUUACUGCCGAUGACUUGGCGUCCCAGCUGCGACAGACACGAUCCAGACUCCUCAUCACAACCCCCGACUGCGCCGACACGGCACUGGCAGCGUCCGCCUUAUCACCGUAUACACAGGAGGUGAUAUGUAUAGGCCAGGCGCCCGGAUGUAGACCUCUGUCAGACCUACUGCAGAACAAACACCUGCCAUCACACCCUCGCAUCCACAUCAAGCCGGACUCCACCACGGCCCUCAUACCCUUCUCCAGUGGAACGACAGGCCUCCCGAAGGGCGUCAUGCUCAGCCACUACAACAUCAUAUCAGAUCUCUGUCAACUCAGGCAUCCAUUGUUCCUUCGUAUGUCGAGUGAGGAGGAUGUGACGCUGUGUGCGCUACCCACAAUGCAUAUAGCAGGGAUAGUGAUCGGGAUGUGUUUGCCUCUGUCUCAAGGAGCACCGACCAUCAUGCUGCCCAGAUACAACCCCCGGGACUUUCUGCAAGCGGUGCACCACUACCGGGUAACGUUUAGCCAAGUCGCGCCAUCGGUCAUCAGUUUCCUGGCCAAGCACCCAAUGGUGGACAAAUUCGACGUCAGCAGUUUUACCUCAAUACUGUCGGGCGCAGCGGCUCUCAGCAAAGAACUCACGACAGCAUUCAUAGAGAGGCUCAAAAUUAAUGGACUCCAACAGGGCUACGGAAUGACAGAGGCAAGUCCAGCGACCCAUGUAUCUCCUCGGGGCUUCUCCAAGCAUGGGUCAGUUGGGGUACCACUGCCCCUUACCCGCAGCAAGAUUGUUGACCCUGUGACUGGGGCUGAUCUCGGCCCGGGGGAAGAGGGGGAGGUGUGUGUGAAGGGUCCGCAGGUAAUGAUGGGGUAUCUCAAUAACAGAACAUCCACCCAAGCGGCCUUCACGUCAGAUGCCUGGCUCCGAACAGGUGACCUUGGUUUCUAUGACGACGACGGCUGCUAUUACAUCAUUGACCGAUUGAAGGAUAUCAUUAAGUUCAAAGGCUAUCAGAUUUCUCCAUGUCAUCUUGAGAACAUCAUUUUAAACCACCCGGAUGUUGAAGACGCCGCAGUAGUUGGAAUACCAACAAAAGGGGUUGGGGAAGUGCCGCGGGCGUUCGUUGUUGCCAAACCCAGCGUCACUGAAAAGGACCUCAUUGAUCUAGUUGCAAGUCACGUGGCUCCAUAUAGACAUUUACGUGGUGGUGUUGAGUUCGUGGAGAACGUCCCCCGGAACCCCAGCGGCAAGAUUCUGAGGAGGGUCCUCCGGGACAGAAACAUGUCGAGACAAGAGAGAGAGAAAGUGUGGGGGAACUGACUGGGGGAUGGUGGCAGUGAUGGUGACAGUGAUGGUGGCAGUGAUGGUGUAACGGUGUAUCUGGAUCGUUACUUGUGUACAUAAUGUAGUAUUCUUGUCCUUAUCACCAAUAAUACAUCUACCUCCGUC